AUGCUUUUUCAGAUAUUUGUGGCUUUCCACCGUUGGAACUGUUUAUUAUUGCUGGUGGCACUCAAGUGUUCUGAUGCAUCUUCUGAUUUGAAUUCCGAAAAUUCCACUGCCCUACAGUGGAAAAGCAACCCUACUGCUCCGGUUGCUGCUGCCAGCUCAGAGCCAGAUGAGAGGAUAUCUGUGUUUUCACUGGAUUAUGACUACGUGCAAAUUCCUUAUGAGGUCACCCUCUGGAUACUUCUAGCAUCCCUUGCAAAAAUAGGCUUCCAUCUUUACCACCGACUGCCAGGCCUCAUGCCAGAAAGCUGUCUCCUCAUCCUUGUUGGGGUUUUGGUGGGCAGCAUCAUCUUUGGCACUGACCACAAAUCACCUCCAGUUAUGGAUUCCAGCAUCUACUUCCUGUAUCUCCUGCCCCCCAUUAUCUUAGAGGGUGGUUACUUCAUGCCCACCCGGCCCUUCUUUGAGAACUUUGGCUCCAUCCUGUGGUGGGCUGGUCUAGGGGCCCUGAUCAAUGCCUUUGGCAUUGGCCUCUCCCUCUACCUCAUCUGCCAGAUCAAAGCCUUUGGCCUUAGUGAUGUUAACCUGCUGCAGAACCUGCUGUUUGGCAGCCUGAUCUCAGCCGUGGACCCUGUGGCUGUGCUGGCUGUGUUCGAAGAGGCACACGUGAAUGAACCACUCUACAUGAUGAUCUUCGGGGAGGCCCUCCUGAAUGAUGGAAUCAGUGUGGUCUUAUACAAUAUAUUAAUUGCUUUCACAAAGAUGCAUAAAUUUGAAGCCAUAGAGACAGUUGAUAUUUUGGCUGGAUGUGCCCGAUUCAUUAUUGUGGGGAUCGGGGGAGUAUUUUUUGGCAUCAUUUUUGGAUUCAUUUCUGCUUUUAUCACACGCUUCACUCAGAAUAUAUCUGCAAUUGAACCACUCAUCGUCUUCAUGUUCAGUUAUUUGUCCUACUUAGCUGCCGAAACACUCUAUCUUUCUGGCAUCUUGGCAAUCACAGCCUGUGCUGUGACAAUGAAAAAGUAUGUGGAAGAAAACGUGUCCCAGACAUCCUACACGACCAUCAAGUAUUUCAUGAAGAUGCUGAGCAGCGUCAGUGAGACCUUGAUCUUCAUCUUCAUGGGCGUGUCCACUGUUGGAAAGAACCACGAGUGGAACUGGGCCUUCAUCUGCUUCACCCUGGUUUUCUGCCAGAUCUGGAGAGCCAUCAGCGUAUUUGCUCUCUUCUACGUCAGUAACCAGUUUCGGACUUUCCCCUUCUCCCUCAAGGACCAGUGCAUCAUUUUCUACAGCGGUGUCCGAGGAGCUGGAAGUUUUUCACUUGCAUUUUUGCUUCCUCUGUCUCUUUUUCCUAGGAAGAAUAUGUUUGUCACUGCUACUCUAGUAGUUAUAUAUUUCACAGUGUUCAUUCAGGGAAUCACAAUUGGACCUCUAGUCAGGUACUUGGAUGUUAAAAAGACCAACAAAAAAGAAUCUAUCAAUGAAGAGCUUCAUAUUCGUCUGAUGGAUCAUUUGAAAGCUGGAAUUGAAGAUGUGUGUGGGCAAUGGAGCCACUACCAAGUGAGAGACAAGUUUAAGAAGUUUGAUCAUAGAUACUUACGGAAAAUUCUAAUCCGAAGGAACCAGCCCAAAUCAAGCAUUGUUUCUUUGUACAAGAAGUUGGAAAUGAAACAAGCUAUUGAAAUGGUAGAGACGGGCAUACUAAAUUCAGUUUCUUUCUCAAUACCUCACCAGGCUCAGAGAAUACAUGGAACCAAAAGGCUUUCUCCUGAAGACGUAGAGUCCAUGAAAGACAUUCUGACACGCAACAUGUACCAAGUUCGACAAAGGACCCUGUCCUACAACAAAUACAACCUCAAGCCCCAAUCAAGUGAGAAGCAGGCAAAAGAGAUUCUAAUCCGCCGCCAGAACACCUUAAGGGAGAGCAUGAGGAAAGGCCACAGUCUACCGUGGGGAAAGCCGGUCGGCACCAAAAAUAUCCGCUACCUCUCCUUUCCUUACAGCAACCCUCAGUCAGCAAGAAGAGAUGCAAGGGUUGCUGAGUUUCCAGUUGAUGGCAGCAGCUAUUCAGGAUCCCCUUCCAUCAUUUUCAGAGCAUACUCUCGAGCAAGGCCACUUCAAGAAAGACAGCUGACCCAAGAAACAAUCCCAUUGAAGAACUUAUACAAAAGAGGAGAGCCACUCAACUUUGGUUAUCCAAGAAAUGCAAGCCUAGAAGUGCAUACUGGCAGAAUCAGAAGGGCAGCUGUGAGACACAAAUCACUCUUUCAUGCAGUAGAUGAGGAGUAUGAAUCUGGAGAGGAAAGUGAGGAAGAAGUUUCCUCAGUUGGCUCCAGAUGGACAGCAGAACCAAGAAGUGGAAGGGAACACCACAAAUCUCACAGUCCUUUGCUCCAGAGAAAAUAG